UAUGGUUUCUUCCCACCCGCAUUCUGUGAUUAAGAAGUUCUGCGAGUAAGAAUAUCAGGGAUUGGUUUACCCUGAUAUUCUUACCCUAACUUUCACUCCUCGUGCCUAAAUCUAACCAAUCUUAACAACGAAGGCAACGAGUAUUAGCCAAUCAGAGGCAGAGGAGGGCGGGUCUUCGCUUAAUGCGGGUGGGAAAAAAUAAGGCAGCCGGAAGAGGCGCGAAAAUUGAAGUUGAGGAAGCUGGCGGUGACUCUGGAAACAGAAACUGGAAAGCUUCAGCACUCCUUUGAAAACCGCAACAACGACGAUGACAGCGAAACAACGGCGAAAGCAAUGCGAGCAUAUCACGAACUGAACUGUGACGUCAGGAACUUCAAGGUGCAGGUGCAGGAUCAGGUGGCUCAGCAGAAAGCACAGGUGAACGAGGUGAGCAGCUUCAUUAAGGCCUGCAGGGUGAUGGAGAAGAAGGUCACUGAUGACAUCCAGAGAAUAAAGGGACACUGGGAAAAAUAUGGCUACCAGUCUCCCAGAGAUACCCAGAGACCAAACAAAGCCAAAGUUCAGGAGUCAGAGGCGGAAGACGAAGCGGCGGAUGAAAAUGAAAACAAGUCAGGAGAAGAGGAGGAAAGCCAGGAGGAGUCUGGAGUGAGCCAUUCUCCUGCGGGACCACCACCCUUCACUGACUUGCUGCGAACCCCGCAGCUCUCUGACUUUGGACUGUCUGAGAUGCAGCUGAAGAGAACCCUGGCUGGGACAGAAUGGUGCGCUGAAGUGCCGCCUAUGCCUGAGAUGAGCCUCCCUCAACCCACACUCAACGCGCCUGCAACACCACCCAUGCCCAUAACUCCCAAAUGUGCUCUGCGGAUGGAUGAGGAUGAGCUGCAACCACCCCAGAUGCAUGACUUUGGCAUUUCUGAGCACACCAUGUGUCUGAACAAUGACUUCACCAUGGACUUGUUCCGGAAGAACGUCGAGAAGCCCCAAAGCAAACCAAUGCAGGACCUCCCAGUACCACCAGUGAACUCUCUGAUGGAGAGUUUGCAGACAAAAGCAGACAACUUGGACUCUCCAGAGCCGCCCGUGUUUUGCACCCCGGGGUUCAAGAUCAAAAAGACAAAUGCUCAUUGCACCCCGUCUGCACAAGGGGGCUCUGACCCAGAAUCCCCCGGUUGCCCUGGAAACCUGCCCACCACCCCUGAGGUCCCAGAGUUUAAAACCCCAUACGUGAACCGUCUGGUCAGCACCAAAAAGAGUGCACGACAGCCUGAGCCUAUCAACAUGCAAGCUGACGAUGACAGCCACACCUUCGAACUUCCAACUCAUCAUGCAGCAACCGGCUCCAAACGCAAGUGGGAAUACGAUGUCCCAGAGAUAUCCAUCAUAGGUGUGGAGGACAAGCAGACGCUGGAGAUGCCUAACCUUGAGUCUGUUUUGGGAAACUCUUUACAAAGUAAAAGUGCAAAAAAGUUUAGUGAAUUUGAAAACGUAGCUAAGGAUCCCACUGUCAGCCGUCUGGAGCUGGAUGGACCCACUCAGCAGUUCAGCUUGGGGACACCUUGCAUCAGGGGGGACUACCAAGAUCCCAGCACCCCAGAGAGGCCAGACCUCAGCUCUGUUACACAGGACAUCUGUAAACUUGUGUCCCAAACUCACUUGAAGAAAGCGACCACGGAAGUUGAGAAUCCACAUGUUAGACCAGAAAAAGCUAAAAACAGUCCUCUCUCCAGAGUUGUGACUUUGUCUCUGGUGUCAGAGAGCGAGUUUCAGAGUUUGCCAAGCUACCUGAGGCAGAUGACUCUGCACAACCUCAACCAGACAGUCCACAACAUCAACAACUUCAUGGCAGAGUGUCGAGGAAAAAAAACAGAGUUUCAGAUGGAGGAGCUGAGGAGGAUUACCAGUGUUGGAACCAAGACCCCUGUAUACAUCCUGUGUCUAAGCGAGCUCAAGAGGCUGGAGCAUGUUGGAGGGUCUGUGUACAAACUGAACUUACACAACUGAAGGUGGCUUGGAUAUAUCACACUUUUUGUGACUGAGAUCUGGUCUCAACCCAACUCACAAAAGCCUUCUUAUACUUUCAUCUUCUAGUCAUAGAGAUGCUGGACUCUGGCAACCUCUGACUUCACUACAUUACAAGAGAACUGCAGCUAAUUAAAUUUAAGCUAAGAUAGCCAAAUACAAGCAUGAUGACAUCUUUAUCUAGAAGGUCUAGACUGUAAAUAGUUCUUAUGCAUGACUGGUAAAUAAUUUGCACUUUUGUAGAUUUGUUAUAGAUUAAAACUGACCUGUAGUCAGCACACAUUGCUGCACAUACAGUAUAAAAUGCCUCAUUCAAA